AUGGCCAAAUCCUAUUCAAAGUCAGAAUUCCUCAUGUUAAUGGAAAAAGUUGAGGCAUUUGAUAUUCGGGUGAAGAAGUAUUUGGAAUUGGUGGGUUACGAAAAGUGGGCUUGGUCGUAUGCAACAGUUCACCGAGGAUGGACUUUGACUUCAAACAUUACGAAGUCAAUAAAUGGAGUGCUUGUAUCAGCUAGAGAACUGUCAAUUUAUGACUUUCUCGAGGAAGUUCGACUACUGUUUGCAAAAUGGAAUUACGCAAAUAGGCAGGAGGCUUCAUAUACCUUCACAACACUCAUUGAAAAGUUUAAUGACAUACUCAGUGAGAACUAG